AGCGUGCAAAAAAAAAUGGCGGGCUUAGAACUUCUGUCUGAUGAAGGCUAUCGAUUAGACGGCCGAAAGCCUUUUGAACAGAGAAAGAUAGCCUGUAGGUUAGGUGUUUUUACUCAAGCUGAUGGAUCAGCCUACAUCGAGCAAGGUAAUGCCAAAGUCCUUGCCGCAGUUUACGGUCCUCACGAACCGCGAGGCAGUCGUGCCCGCUCUUUCCAUGACCGUGUGUUAGUCAACUGUCAGUUCAGCAUGGCCACUUUCAGUACUUUGGAAAGGAAACGUCGUCCCCGAGGUGAUAAGAAGUCGCAGGAAAUGACCCUACACAUCCAGCAAGCCUUUGAAGCUUCUAUUCUGACCCAACUGUACCCUCGUUCACAAAUUGAUAUCUUCGUGGAAGUGCUGCAGUCGGAUGGAGGCACGUUGAGUGUUUGCAUCAAUGCCGCCACUCUGGCGCUAAUCGAUGCUGGUAUUGCACUGAAAGACUACGUGUGUGCUUGUUCCGUGGGUUUUGUUGACGCUGUUCCUCUUGUUGACAUAAGCCAUCUAGAAGAGUCCUUACGUGGUCCUGAGCUGACAGUGGCCGUGCUUCCGAAGUCGCAGCAGAUGGUUCUGCUCGAAAUGACUUCUCGUGUUCACGUGGAUAACUUGCAGAAAAUGCUGGACGCAGCUGUAAAAGGUUGCACCGACGUGCAUGCUAUACUUGACAGUCAAGUGAAGGAACACACAGCUCAAGUCGGUUCGUGCAUUGGUUGGGAAUAAAGUUGUGUUUUUAUACCC